CUGCACUGCCCUCAAGCUUCCUCUCGGCGAGAACUAUAUGGAGGGCGCACCUUCAGGUGAACUUUGAAAAUGGCGAAUCGUGACAGUUCGUCGUCGACGACGGCCGCACGGGAAACCAUGGACACACUACUGGAGAUAUCUCGAUUGUUGAACACAGGUCUGGAUUCAGAAACGUUGACUAUUUGUGUACGCCUUGUGGAGCAAGGUGUAAACCCAGAAGCUUUGGCGUCUGUCAUAAGAGAACUCAGAAGAGAAACUGCAUCACUAAAAGCAAAAGAAGACACAGUAGAACAGUGAACAUGACAUUUACAUGAAUACUUUGGUGAAUUUGAAGAUAAUUAUUAUGUUGACAUACUGUAUUCUACAUCAGGACUUGAAACAAAGCUUGCUAUGAUGUCUGACUAUCACGUGAAGUCUUCACCUUAUCAGUUUUUAAUCUUGACUUGACAUUAUAACAGCUGUGGUGAUUUGGACUUGUCACCUUAAACCUAUGAUGGCACAUGUCAACCAAUCAUACCGAAAAAACUAUGAAUUGAAAAUUACCUUUAUAAAAUGUAACAUUUUAUUUAAUAAACCAGUUUUGUAUGAAUUUUUAAUUGAAGUUCGUUUUUGAAUGAUCUUGUUCAUGUGCUGGGAAGCUUGAUGGAUAUUAGUGGACUUCACAUUGGAGAUUCACGAUUUUUGGCACAUACACAAAAGUUUCUGAGUCUCAGCAAGUGCCAAAAAAAAACUUGAUCGCUGCCUCGAUAGAUAAUUUGGACCGAAACUUGGCUUUGCUGCCUGAACGUUCUACACAAACCACAAUCACACUCUCUGUGGGAACAUAUACUGAUUAUAAUAAUAAUAGUUUAUUACGCAACUGUUAUCUGCUUCAUACCUAAAAUGAUUACCAUGAUGGCCCUUCCUUAGCAACUGAUAAUUUCUUAAUUUUGCUGUAUAAUAUACAUGCAGUUCUGUUUUUUACUUACCUUUUUACCUUACCUCCUAUUACUUUCAGCCAAAAAUGAAUUUGUAAUUUCAUUACGGUGUAAUAAAACUGUAUUAU